AUGAGCGAGACAGGAACCGUGAUUCUGGUAAGCCGAGAGGGCGAAACCUUUGACGUGCCGAUCAAGAUUGCCAAAAUGUCACAGUUGGUGGCAGAUACAUUCGAUGAAGAUGAAGACAGUGAUGAUGAAGACGACAUCAAGACCAUCCCAUUGCCGAAUGUGAGAUCCGACAUUCUCCGGAAGAUUGUCGAAUUUGGAACCUACUACCAAGAGACUGAGGCCAUGACGGCCAUUCAAACGCCAUUGAAUUCAUCCAGGCUCGAGGACCUUGUACAGGAAUACUACGUAGAGUUUGUCAAUGUGGAAAACAAGAUGCUGUUUGAUCUUGUUGCUGCAGCCAAUUUUAUGGACAUUAAGCCGCUGCUGGAUUUGACUUGUUUGGCAGUUUCCAUCAUGAUAAAGGGUAAAUCGCCCGAGGAGCUGAAGGAGAUGUUCAAAAUCAAGGGGGCCAGCAGCGCAGAAGAAGACAAGCAGGUCCUGGAAGAGAACGACUUUAUACAACAAUCAACAGAAACCUAG